AUGACUGAAAAUGACACCCCAUUGGGCGCUGCAGCCCAAACGCCUUCCACUCCCAACGACAUAGAAAAACAAGCAAGCCCGUCAGACCCACCGCAGAAAAAAGAUUCUGCCUUUAAAAAUCUCGGCCUUUUGGACCGAUUUCUCGCGGUAUGGAUUUUCCUGGCUAUGGCAAUUGGUAUUAUUUUGGGAAAUUUCGUGCCAAGCACUGGACCUGCGUUACAAAGGGGGAAGUUUGUUGGUGUUUCAGUUCCUAUUGGUAAGGAUUUAACGAUUUCUCUGCACUUGCGCUUUGAGAGUUUGCAUCAGGUCUUCAAAACCCGUCAGAUAUGGAUUCAGAUUGCGUUCAGUAUUGUUGUUAACUGGAUCAUUGCCCCAUUUUUCAUGGCUUUCCUUCCAGACGAACCGGAGCUACGCCAGGGGCCGAUUCUGGUCGGACUAGCACGAUGCAUCGCUAUGGUUCUGAUCUGGACCGGUCUGGCAGGCGGCGACAGCGAAUACUGCGCCAUCCUCGUCGCCGUGAACUCCCUCCUGCAAAUGGUGUUAUUCGCACCCAUGGGCGUCUUUUUCAUCCAAGUCAUCAGCGGCGAUAGCAUAGCCUUUCAAUAUUCCACCGCCGCGAAAAGCGUCGCCGUCUUUCUGAAAUGGGCAAGCCCCUGGUCUCUCAUUGGGCUUUUGCUCACGAUAUUGGUGCUGUUCGCGUCUCAGGGUUGUCACGUUGUUCAUCAGAUUGUCUCUGUGAUCGGGGUGGCCGCGCCGCUGAUUGUUUAUUUCGCGGUUAUAUUCCUCUUGACGUUGUUGGUUACGUACAAGUUGGGCUUUGGGUAUAAGCUCGCGGUGACGCAAAGUUUUACCGCUGCUAGUAAUAAUUUCGAGUUGGCGAUUGCCGUUGCUGUUGCUACGUUUGGGGCAGACAGUAAUCAGGCACUGCUUCGGCUUGUCUAUGCUGUUAAAUUUACAGCGAAGGGACUGAACUGGAAGGAUUAG